AUGAAAUACAUCAAUGGGGACAAUCCAUAUGGAGUAAAGAUCCCGUAUAUCUUCGUCACCAAUGGCGGCGGGAAGACGGAAGAAGAACGCUGUAUUGACCUCAGUCGCCAGCUACAGAUCGAGAUCUCCCCUGGACAAUUCAUCUGUGGACACACACCCAUACGCGAAAUGUCCGACGCGUAUCAAACUGUCCUCGUGGUAGGCGGCGAGGGUGAAAAAUGCCGCGUCGUCGCCGAGGAUUAUGGUUUCAAAGACGUGGUUACCCCCGGCGAUAUCAUCAAGUCCAAGCAUGACACAACGCCGUUCCGGAAGUUGACAGAGGAAGAGUACCGCAAUUCCCGCGAGAGAAAUUUCGACGAGUCUACCAUCGAUGCCAUAUUCGUAUUCGCUGACAGCAGAGACUGGGCCGGUGACCAGCAGAUCAUCCUCGAUCUUCUGAUGUCAAAGGAUGGACGCCUAGGGACUCGCUCCGAGACCUUUGACGAGGGUCCGCCAAUUUACUUUUCCCACAAUGACAUCGUGUGGUCCACCUCUCACAAGCACUCGCGAAUUGGAAUGGGUGCACUGCGGACGUCGGUGGAAGCUCUUUAUAAGGAACUAACUGGUAAGGAGCUGACUACCGUUGCGUUUGGGAAACCGCAACUCGGGACAUUCGGUUUCGCGACAAGACUGCUUCGCGAAUGGCGCAAGGAGACGUACGGUAUUGAUAAACCGCCAGCCACUGUUUAUUUUGUAGGCGAUACACCCGAGUCCGAUAUCCGGGGCACAAAUGAGUACAACCAUAUCAGUGAUACUGACUGGUUCUCCAUCUUGGUCAAGACGGGUGUCUACCAAGAUGACAAAACGCCGCAAUUUCCUCCCAGAGAAAUUUGUGAGGAUGUCCUGGAGGCUGUCAAGUUUGCUGCUCAGCGUGAGCUGGGCGAGGACUGGUGA